CUCUAACUCCUGGACUUAAAGAUUGAGAAACGCAGCAAAGAUCGAUUAGAAGCACAACAAUCACAAAGCGAAUAACAACCAAAAACUAAUCCACACGCAAGGAAUAGGGCCAGGUAUACGAAUGACUAUUUGGCUAGAGUGAUGAGCUAGCAGAAAACGUCGGGUUCUUCUUGCUGAAUUGAUUCCACGAUCAAGAGAGAAGAAGAAGAGAAGUUGGUGUUUGAACAACCAAUUCUAGGGUUUGUAUUUUUGAAUAAAAUUGUUGAUUUUUGUUAAACCCAUAGGUCUUACAUCCUCUAUUUAUAGAGGUCACAAAAACCCAAAAUAAACCUUCUAAACAUAGAUAAACAAGCCUCAAACUAACUAGGUAACUUAAUACUACUUUAACAAAUAAAUAAACUAUUGAAUAAACAAAUAAACUCCAAAUACGCAGCACUGUAGAAGCCGGCGCACGUCCGCCUUUCUAAAUCACUUGUGGAAUAACUUGUUCGCUUUCUUUAUCUCAUAGGGGGUUAGCACCAUACUAACCUCAAUCCACACUGUCCAACUAUACUUCUAAUCCAAUGGAUCAGAAACACUAAGGGUAAAUUAGGGAUUGGCAGCAUUAAUUAUUAAUUUCUAUUUUUAAUUAAAUCUCUUUAUUUUAGUGGGCGGAUUUUAUGAGAUUUGGAAUGGUUAAGAGUUUCGAUUGUUUGAAGAGGGGUUUAGGGUGUAGUGUCUCCAUUUUGAUCCGAUUCGUGGAUAGCAACGACGAGGGUGGUGGAGAUAAAAAUCGAAGGGGAAGACCAUGUAGCGCCAGAGGUGUCGCCGGCAACGGCGGAGAAGGUCUUUGGUUCAUGGCGAAUGAAUAUGAGGCAGUUUCUGUGUUGACUGGAGCACUGGAAAUGGACGGGGCGGAACCGGUGCUGGACUUAGCCAUCAUGUCGGUGGAAGUUGGACAACCAAGAGAGGAGAUCAGUGACGGUACUCCGUGAUUUUUCUUUUGUUCUUCCGUUAUAUAUUCCGCGCCACCAUAUAUAUGGGUAGCGCCGGGCAUGUAGUUUCUUAGAUGGAAAAGUAGUACUGUGGUAGUCAUAAUAGUGGGAGUGUUUUUGCGUGGAAGUCUUUGUAGUGAUUUUACUGUUCGUCGGUGUGGUUUGUCCAUAGAGUAGUAGUGGUGCAUAUGUAGGGUUUGUACAGGUGGAUUGGUGUGUACGGGUGGUAGUGUUUAUGUUGAAUAUUGAACAUGGAGUAUGUAGUGUUUUCAAUAUUGAAUGGGUUAAUUGAAUGGUUGGUCACUGAGAUUAGAAAAAUGUUCAUGUUUUGUCACUUGAAAUAUUUAAAUCCAUUGGUGGUUGACUCGCUUCUACCGUCACUCUCGAAAAUGGCCAAGUGUAACCACCUCCUAAAGCGUAGUAUAGCGGGUUUGGGUUUUAAUGUCAACCCGGGUCCUAGAUGUGAUGACUACUCCGUGGGUUCUUAUUAUUUAGCAGUGAAACUUUAGUGAAGGUCCAAACAAGCAAACAAGCAAAGCAAGUAAAAAGGUUGUUUUCAA